ACUUCCGGAAGUAGAUGUUACCCGGACUCGGAAGGAAGUAGCACCGGUUGGAUACAUGUGAGGGACUUUGUUUUUGUGGAUUUGAAGCAAUGCGGCGGCUUUACGUCGGCGGGUUGAACCACACAGUCACCCAGAAGGAUCUGAAGGAUCGGUUUGGAAAGUUUGGGGAGGUGCUGGACGUGGAGCUACGAACCAGGAGGGAUGAGGAGGGUGUUCCUUAUAAAACCUUUGCCUACAUCAACAUCAACAUUUCUGACACAGACCUGAAGAAAUGUUUGACGGUUCUGAACAAAUCCAAGUGGAAAGGAGGAACGCUGCAGAUUGAGACGGCCAAAGAGAGCUUCCUCCACAGGUUGGCUCAGGAGCGUCAGGAGGCAGAAGAGCAUCAGCUUCAUAAAUCUGCAGUUAAAGGAAAUAAACAGAACCUUCUGGACUCAUUGAGCAAAGCUGGAGUAGAAAACUUCACAAUGAAGGCUGCGGUACCAGGAUCUGAAGUACCAGGACACAAGGACUGGGUUGUCAGUAAAUUUGGUCGAGUCCUUCCUGUGCUGCAGCUCAGAUGUCGGAAAGGCAACAAAGCUCGAACAUUAAAGUACGAUCCAUCAAAGUAUAGUCACAACAUCCGCAAGCUGGACCAGAAAGAAACAAACGAGACUACAUCAGUCACCCAGCUCACCUGGGAAGUCGAGGGAGGGGAUGAUGACAUCAGUAAGAAGAGGAGGGGUGAGUUCCCCUCAUAUGAGCCAAUCAAAACCAAGAAGAGUCGGACAGAUGCAGCUGACUCCCUGAAGUUAAACACUUCUAGUAGAAGCAGAUUCCAGCAGAGCUCUGACAGAAACAUUGUGGUCCAUCAGCUCACCAACGGCUCAGACCUGCUAACCAAUCACAGAGCACCUCAGUGGAACGGACGGAGGUUUUCUGACAGCGACGUCGACUCAGACGAGGAAAUCCGCAGGCUGGUGGCUGCGCAGCAGAGCUCCCAUCAUGCACUGCAGCAGGAUGCAGAGGAUGACAACCUGGAGGUGGUGGGGAUCGACUACUUGGAGAAACCAGGGCCCAAAGGAGAUGAGGAGGACUAUGACUCUGCUGACACGGAUGAACUGUUUGAAUCCAGGAGAACUCCAGCUCCCCGCCUGCAGGAUAAACCUCCAUCACCGACACCUGAACACGUCUCAGCAAAAAGCGCAGAUGAAAAGAAACAAACAAAAGGAAAAAAUACACCUGCAAAGGUUUCUUGUAGUAAACCUUCAUCCUCCCUGCAGAAGGAGAAUCCAGCUGCAGAAAUAAAAGACUCAUCAGAGUCACAGAGUGAUGAAGAUGAUGGAAGCGCCUCCGACUCAUCUUCAGAUUUUGAUUUCCCCGCCUUGUUUUCUCCUAACUCCACCCAUCUGAGGAUUUCUUUGGCCGACUUACAGAAGCUGGCAGAGACCAGAGCUCCCAGCAUCCUUGGAACAGGCCUGAAACUGGAGUCUAGGCUCCCUGAUCGACCUGCACCCAAGGAAGCCAUCACCCCCGACGAGAUCCUUGCCUCCAUCCUGGGGGAGGACAGCAGCAGCAGCGACGAAAAAGCAGAACAGAAAAAGAAGAGAAAAACAGAAGGUGAACCAUCAAAGUCUCUGCAGGUCUCAGAGGAAACUGAGCAAAACGGGGAAACUUCUACAACCGACAAGCGAGCGAAGAAGGAAGAUGUUCUCAGAGACACGGAGGGGGAAUCUUCCUCUGGGAGUGAAGAGGAUGAGGAGGAAGAGGAGAAACAAAUGUCUGCAGCAGAAGAUCAAGCUUCAUCCAGCAGUUCUAAUGAAGAGGAGCAAGCGGCUCCUCGUCCUGCUCCUGCUCCAUGCAGCCAGUCCUCCUCUAGCGAAGAAGAGGAUGUGAAAGACCAGGCUCCUACGCGGUUGGUGUUGGCUGCAGAGGAAGAAGAGGAGCUGCAGAGGAAGGCCAACACGAGAAGACUGGCUGCUCUCCAACAGAGACAAAAAGAGGCGGAGGAGCACCAGAGGCUCAUCCAUGGAGCCCUGGCCAACCUGGACGCUCCACCUUCAACCUCAGGGAAACACAUAGUCUUCAGCUCAGAUGAUGAGGAGGAAAAUAAGACGUCCGUUAUCCAGGACAGCCAAUCAGAAGACAACGCCUCAUCUGACGGAGAAGCAGCCAAUCAGAUCGCCUCACAGAGAGCGGAGCGCCAGAAGCCGUCGGGUCCGCAGCUGUUUGCCGGCAGCGACGAUGAUGAGGAAGUUGAUGAAGAAGAGGAUCGCAGCAGAUUUGACAUCCGGCCGGAGUUUGAAGGUCCAGGUGGACAGAAGCUGAUGGCGCUACAGUCUCGCUUUGGGACAGACGAACGGUUCCGGAUGGACUCCCGGUUUCUGGAGGAAGAAGAGGAUGAAGAGGAGGAAAAGCAGACAGAAGCACAGAAGAGUCUGAUGGACGACGAUGAGGCUCUAGAAGAGGAGAAGAAGAAGAAUCUGUCCAUCCUGCAGAGCGUCCUUGGAAGCAGCCAUCAAAGCAGCAGCAAGUCGUCCAGCAAAGCCAAGAAGUUCAGAGACGUGUCUGCGCUGCAUUACGACCCGAGCAAAGAGGAACACGCUGCGUUUGAGACCAAAACAGAUGAAACCCAGAAGGAGAGUAAGGCGGCCCGCAGGAAGAAGAGGGAAGAGGCUCAGAAGCUUCCUGAAGUCUCCAAAGAGAUUUACUUCGAGGUGACUGGAGACCUGAAGGCCGUGUUCGGACAGACCAACGACGGCUCUGCUGAGGGAGAGGAGGAGAGAAACUGGGAUCAGCUGGAGGAUGAAGAGGGAGGAGGAGAGGAAGAACAGGCGCUGUCCUCCCUCCUGUCAGCUGAUCCCAGCACCAAGUCUGAGGAAUCCACUGGAUUCAGGUUUUCCUUCUUUGGAGACGAAUCAGAGGCUGGAAGCGGAGAAACGACCGAGUACAAAGCUGAGAAGAUCCAGGCUCCCAAGGUCUCCUGGCAUCAAGACCCACGUUUCCAUGACAGCAGCUCUGAGGAGGAGGAGCAGGAAGAAGAGGAGGAAGAGCAGAAGCAAAGCAGCUCUGAGGCUAAAAACACAGAAGUGGAGGCUCAUUCAAAGCCUGAUUUCUUCUUCUUCUUCUCUUCUGAUGACCACAGACUGAAAGAGGGACCCAGGUUGUUCUGUCGGACCUCCCAGCUGGAGCAGCAGAGGGAGCAGUGGGAGGAGAGGACGAUUACGCUCAAACAGGAGUACCGCAAGAAGCAUAAAGAUGCCAGGAGGAAGCUGAAGACCUUUCAGAAGAGCUGAGGAUUGUGGGAAAUGUUGUCUUUGUGUUCCAUUAAACUCUUAAUCCA